AUGUUGCGGUUGAACAAAUCGUUGUUGGUACUGGUGUGUGUGUUAUUGACUGUUGAAGGAUACGAUUCGCCUAUUAAGACUAAGGCCAUAAAUCAGUGCAAGAAGUAUGUCAGCGUUUUCCUCAGCGACAGUGAGUACUCAACGGUAAGGAAAAGGGAAAUUUGCAAACUUUAUAAAAACGACAAAAUGACUACAAAAGAGGCAAUUUUUUGGGGCCUUUAGUCAUAACUCUGUUAAGGUCACGAAGAUACUUAAUUCUUUUACAAUUAGAAACGCUUUUGAAGUGGAGAAAAGGCUGAAAAGUUUCAUGUAUAAACCAACGAAAAGGCGUCAAAUUAUGACCAACUUUCGGACUAAAAAUCUCUGGGAUGUAAGCUACCGUAUAGCCUGAAUCCUGGAAUUUUCUGUGAAUAAUAAAAAAUUCUGCUGGCGUUUAACCUUGAAUAAUACGCCGAAUUUUUCAGAUGGCAGACUAUGUUGUCAGCCAGAUCUAUUCUGGAACCUCCUGGAAUUCCUUUAAGGCCGCAGCCAUCUUAAAAUUCACCACCGUUUCCCCGAGUAAAAGCGCGAACGUGGUCGGACUUGGCACCAAAUACAUUACUUCCAAUCUUCUGUCUGGUGGGACAACCACCGUCAGCAAUGCAAUAAGCGCCGUGGGCAACAAUGUGGAGCCGUUUUACAACCAACUCCUCGGUUACAUUAAGACUAAGAAGAGCAACGGGAUGCUCGAAAACGGAUGCUAUCACAAUGUGUAUCGGCUGGCCACACAAUGGAUUACCUACAACCGAGUCAAGUUGAUAAUGCAACGAGUCAAGACCAAGUUGGGGACCAAGUGGACCACUUUUACCAGUGCCACCUACUUUGGUCCAUUAUUUGAAUUUGGCAACUACACUUUGACAUGA